UCUCUUUGGCGACCGGGUCGAGAAGGACUGUGGGAAAUUUAUCCGAACGAGUUCAUGCGCUCACUAGACAAUACAUGAACACACCUGGAGCGGAGCGCCUCACCCAGCCUGAGUCUGAGUGUUAUUGAUUUAAAUGGGAUUUGACUGAGCACACCCCCGAAGACACGAGGAAGCAGUGAUGAGUGAACACUCGAGACGGAGCUUCUACAGCUCCUCAUCCCAGGACCUGAGACUAGUCCUGCUGGGGAACAUCGGCUGUGGAAAGACCUCAGCCGCGGACACCAUCCUGGGUGAGACGGCUCCGCUCACUCCAGGGGCGUCCAGGAGCUGCCAGCUGCGGCAGGGCUUCUCCCAAGGCCGGAAGGUGGCCCUGGUGGAGGCGCCCAGAUGGUUCUGGAACGGAGGCAGAAUGGAGGACAGCGUGAAGAAGGAGACGCAGCUAGCCACGACUCUGCUGGAGCCAGGGCCACAUGCCUUCCUGCUGCUGGUCCCAGUCAGCCAGUUCACUGAGAUGGAGUGUCACGUCCCCGGGGAGCUGCAGGAGCUUUUUGGGGAGGACGUCCUGGAUCACACCCUCGUCCUGCUGACGUGUGGAGACUACUUGAUGGGACGAACGCCUGAGAGGUACCUGCAGAUGGAGCAUCAAGGUCUGAGGCAGAUCAUCGACCUCUGUGAGGGACGAUACCAUGUCAUCAACAACCGCCAUAAAGAGGACCAGGAGCAGGUCCAAGAGCUGUUUGAGAAGGUGGAUAAAAUGAUCCAGACACACGGCGCGUACACGAAGACGGCCGACGGGCCGCGCAGGGAGCGUGAAGUGAAACUGGAGCGGCAAGAACGUGUGGAAAGUUUUAGUGCCAGGCAGGAAGAAAAACCCAAACUGCUGGAAUCCACCUACACAAUGAAAGCCACUACUGUCAUCGAUUCGGGGAUGGAGAGCCUGUACAGCCGCAGUCUUGAGAGAAAGAGGAGUGAGGAAGAACAUAACAUCCGCCAGAGUUUUAAUGGGCUUUAUUCUUCUCUUGAGCCGGAGCAAACGUCUCAUGCCCUGCCGCAAGUGCAGAGGACGCCGUCGUACACACUGAACGCAGAGGGAGCCCUUCUCUCACAAAUGUCUGAGGAAAAACCAGCUAAAAAAUAUGUUUCCACUUUUCAUCACAGAAUCAACAGCUUGGAGGGGAAAUCUGAGGAGCUCUCGCCUGUCUCACCCUCCAAUUCGUCCGUGUUCUUCUCCUCCGCCCCCUCGACACCCACGUCCGCCUCGGUCCCCAGGACCUACGCUGUGUCUCCGACUUCUUCCCCGUCUGCUCCAGAGCUGCGGCUGGUGCUUCUGGGCCGGUCGGGAUCUGGAAAAAGCUCCACUGGCAACGUCCUGCUGGGGCAAGACGCAUUUGAGUCACGCCCUGACAGUCUCACCCCCAUCACGCAGGAGUGUGCGAAGAAGAAGUCCAAGGUGGCCGGAAGAAAGGUGGCGGUAAUUGACACCCCAGACUGGUUCAAUUCCGAGCGCCCUCCUGAUGAGGUCCGGGCUCAGAUCUCCUCCUGCGUGGCCCUUUCCAGUCCAGGUCCCCACGCUUUCCUUCUCUGCGUCCCGUUAGACCAGCCGGCCAAAACAGAGCUGCAGGCGCUCAGGGCCCUGGAGGCGGUCUUCGGCCCGGAGGCGGUCCAGAAACACACGCUGGUCCUCUUCACUCAUGCAGAUCAGCUUCCGGAGCGUGAGAGUGGGGGCGUCGAGGCCUACAUCGCAGAUAAGCGUCCAGAUUUGUUAAAGAUCAUGGAGAAAUGCGGGGACAGGUUUCACAUCCUGGAGUCAGGACCCGGUUGGAGAGGGAGGAGGAAUGUGGAAGAGCUGCUGGAGAAGGUGGAGCAAACGGUGAAGGAGGCCGGCGGAGAGUGUUAUUCAUGUCCUGCUUUCCAGGAAGCAGAGGACAGAGUGAGACAGAGACAGGCAGAGCUCACGCGAGAGAGGAGGCGAGGGAGGCAUGAGGAAGAAAAGCUGGAAUGGUACGGACAGGUCGGCCCCUACAUGGAGACGGUGGCUGAAGCCGAAGAGGAGGUGAGGGUGGAGGAGAUGGAAAAGACGAGGGAAGAGGCGGAGAUUAGUGUAAGCACCAUGAACAUCGAGAGCCUUCCUCAGAUCUCACUUUCCAGCCUUUCACCUUCACUGCUUCAGUCCACAAGGGAGAGACUGGAGGCUGUGAUGAAGGCCAUGCCCAAACUCUUGGCAGACGGCUCCAUGAUGGUGGGUGACGGGGCGAGGAAGGUGUACAGCAGUCCAGUUUGGGGAACAGUCGGCAGCAGAGCUCAAAACGUCCAGAAGAUGGUGGUGGACAGUUCUGUGUGGGAGAAAGUGGGAUCUACUGCCGGGCACGUCUCCAAACUAGUGGGAGACCGAGUUCCUCAAGUGGUGGUGGACAGUUCAGCAUGGGUCGGGUCUGGAGCAAAAGCAGCUGCAGCAAGUCCGAUGUGGUCCAAAGUUGGUUCAGGCGCCAAAAUAGUAGCAGAGAAUUCGAAGAGGGUUGGAGCAGGGCUUGGAACAGGAGCUAAGAACUUGGCCAAGAGUCCUGUUUGGGGAACCGUAGGGUCUGGAGCGAAAACCGGCGCCAAACUGAUGGCUGAUGGGUCCAUGAAAGUUGGCGCCGGAAUUGGUGCCGGCGCAAAGAAGGUGGCACAGAGUCCGGUGUGGGGGAAAAUGGGUUCUGGAGCCAAAGCUGGAGCCAAGGCCGGAGUCAAAAUGGUGGCAGAGAGUCCGGUGUGGGAGAAAUUGGUGACGGCGGCUAAGACAGUACCUAAAGUGGUGAUAGCUGGCGCUGUGCUGGGUCUGCUCCUGGGGGUGUUUUUAGGAGGGGUGAUCGGUGGAGCCAUCGGAACUGCUGCUGGGUCAGCAGCGGCUGAAGUGGGUCGGAGGAAGCUGACCAACAAAGACACAGAUGAAGUCAUGGAUAAGGUGCAGAAGGCCAUGAGCGACCGAGCUGACGCUGCAGCCACACAGGGAGAGAAGGUGUUGAAAAGAGAGUGAGGUGCUUCUGCUCCAGCUCUGCUGCUCCAUCAUCUGAAGAAUGUGAUUUGAUAUCAUGCUUAGAUUGAGGCUGUCAUCAUGUUACCGAGUUGUUCAUAGAAAUAUUCUGUGUAAUCGAACUCUGUUUUCUGUUUGUGCUUGUCCGCAAAAUCCUGUCGAAAUAAAAUUUAA